CUUAGUUCUAUAGAUUCAUCGACUUUCAUGUCUUUCUUCCCUAGAUCGAUUCACAAUCACAUCGCACCUAUCAUCUUCUUUCACCAUGGGCACAAGACGGCAACUCUCCUGGAGAGCUGUCUUUCCACUCAUCUCCUUAUUCCUUGUCUCAUUUCUUGUCAUUCCCUAUGCCAAACACUUCCAUGGUUCCCAUUUCACCCCUCGUUCCUCUGCCAUAGAUGGCGAUCUUGAAGACGGUGUAUUUGCAAAUCUUGUCAAGAAGGCGACCUCUACCUACGAAGAGGCUCAGCUGAAAGGACGCAAAUUACAUUGUCUGAUGGGCAUGACUGAGGCAGACGCGAGAACAGCUAAUGCGGGAGUCGCGUUAGAAGCUCCGGCCUGGCUCCAGACGGCGGCCAUUGCUGAGGUGGAAGGAUGGUUAGACACAACACAAGAAGAUGGAGCAGAGCCUUUCCAUUCAACUUACCUGAAUGAUGCAUUAAGAGGUCUCAGCAUCAAGCCGGAGUUUCACACUAUUCUAUGGAAGAACAUUGGUGGCGGGCUCUUAUUCGAGGAUCCGAGCCUUGUCGAUCUUGAAGGCGAUGGCGACUGGGGAGAUUCUGACGUGGGCGUCCCAACUCGUGCAUCUUAUCAAAACUCUUUCAUCUUGGAUCCUGGUGUUAUAAUCGCCGACAAGAAUCUUGGAGUUGAUGAAGCCAUAAAGAAGAAUCUUAUUCAGGGAAAGAUAACCCACUUUAGAAAGUGGAGCGAUAUAGUGUGGAUGCAAUGGACUAAGGCAUGCGAAGCGCAUGGCGGUGAUAAUACAAACGUGAGAUACAUUAUUCGCUCCUGGAUCACAAACGACUUCACACUGUCGACUAUAUUCCAAGCCAUAAUCAACAAAGACAAAAACGAUGGGCAAGGAAAAAGAAUCGGAAAAUGGGCUGAUAGGACAACACUUACCGCCAGUGACCACCCUGACGAAUUUUUCGCGAUACUCGGCAGUCCUAACGGGUCAGGAUCGGCUUACUUUCUUAUCAACCACAAGCGGGCAUUGGGUGUCAAGGUCAUUAAUAAGGUCGACAUAUUUGUCCCGAAUAUUCCUCUUGAUGUGACUGGAACUAGCGUGACUGAAUAUGAGAGACAACGAAAGGUCAUGCUGGUGUUUCAUGUUACCGGUGCCUGAUAGAUGUUGCCUUGGCUUUGGUGUUGUGUCUUGUUUUGCGCUUUAUAUCUGCGGGGAGAGUCAAACCUUUAGUAUGUCAAUAGCUACCAAUCCUGAAUC